ACGUUUGAAGAUUCUUUUAAUUGCUCUUACAGGUGUUUCUAACAAAAUUUUAGUUUUAGAAGCAUUUCGAACAAAAGCAAUGACAGAUAUUAGUAUAAAUGUUUAAUUGAAUAUAAAUUAAGCAAGUCUAGUGUUUAAAUAUACAAUUUUAGAUUAUAAAAGUAUUACAAAUUUCGCUGCUGUUUAAAUGAACGAUAGUUACACUCAUCACCCAGGCAACAUUACAAACUAAUAAAAAAAUCAUAAACAGGAAGGAAAAAUGAAACAGACGACAUAAAAACAAACAUAAAAGUUUAAUAUGAAACGAAAUCUUAUAACAUUAAUUAAAUUAGCCUUCUUAGCAUCAGUCGUUAUCUGCUUAGUUAUUUUAUUCUUCAAGUCAAAACAACAACCGAAAGAUUUCUAUCGAUCAGCAAAAAUCCAACAACAUCCCAAACAUGGAUCGUUCUUUAGUGGAAGGCCAAAGAAUGUUAAUGGAAAGAAGAUCGACUGGCACGAUUACAAUUUGAUAAGUGAUGAGCAAAGUAGGAAAGGUUUGGGUGAACAAGGAAAAGCUGAGCAACUUGAUCAAAGUAACAAAACACUUCAAGACAAACUCUUCCAUGAAAAUGGAUUUAAUGCUUUGUUGAGUGACAAAAUAUCAUUGAAUCGUUCUGUGCCAGAUAUUCGUCAUCCAGGAUGUCGCGAUAAAAAUUAUUUAAAUGAGUUGCCAUCAGUUAGCGUCGUUGUGCCAUUUUAUAAUGAACAUUGGAGCACAUUGCUUCGCACAGUUUAUUCAGUCAUUAAUCGAUCACCUCGUGAACUUCUCACCGAGAUAAUUCUUGUUGAUGAUUAUUCAACAAAAGAGUUUCUUAAAGACAAACUUGACAGAUUUGUCGAUGCAAACUUACCGAAAGUUAAAGUGAUUCAUCUUCCAGAACGAGGUGGAUUGAUAACAGCACGCUUAACUGGAGCAAAAGCAGCCACUGGUGAUGUAUUAAUCUUCUUAGAUUCCCAUACAGAAGCCAACAUUAAUUGGUUGCCGCCACUUCUCGAACCAAUCGCAGAAGAUUAUAAAACAUGCGUUUGUCCUUUCAUCGAUGUGAUUGCUUACGAUACUUUCGAAUAUCGAGCACAAGAUGAAGGUGCAAGAGGUGCAUUUGAUUGGAAAUUCUUCUACAAACGUUUACCAUUACGUAAAGAAGAUUGCGACCACCCGACAGAACCUUUUCCAUCGCCUGUCAUGGCUGGAGGUCUUUUCGCAAUUUCAACAAAGUUCUUCUGGGAACUUGGCGGUUACGAUCCUGGCCUCGAUAUUUGGGGUGGCGAACAAUAUGAAUUAAGCUUCAAGAUUUGGCAAUGUCAUGGACGAAUGGUUGAUGCACCUUGUUCAAGAGUUGGUCACAUCUACCGAGGCUACGCGCCAUUCUCUAACGUUCGUUCGAAAGAUUUCCUUUCAAUCAAUUACAAACGUGUUGCUGAGGUUUGGAUGGAUGAAUAUAAAGACUAUUUAUAUGCGAGAAGUCCUGGAAAAUAUGAGAAAAUUGACGCUGGAGAUUUAACAGCGCAGAAAGCCAUAAGAGAAAAGUUGCAAUGCAAACCAUUUAGUUGGUUCAUCAAAGAGAUUGCACCAGAUUUAGUUGAGAAAUAUCCUCCAGUUGAUCCACCAGAUUUCGCAUCUGGAGCGAUACAAUCGAUUGCAAAUCCAUCAUAUUGUGUUGACACUUUAAGUCAUGGUGACAAAGAGAAAAUCGGUUUGUAUUAUUGUGCAAAUGAUAAAAAGAAACCACAUGCGACGCAAUUUUUUGCAUUAAGUUGGCAACGUGACAUAAGAAUUAAGCAUGGUGAGUCAUGUUGGGAUGUUUCGGAGAGUGGCGAAGCGCCAAUUCUUCUCUUCGGUUGUCACGGCAUGCAAGGCAAUCAACUCUGGAAAUAUGACCAGAAAAUGAAGCAUAUCAUUCAUCUUCACUCAAGUCGAUGUCUUCAAGGAGAUUUUGAUGAGAAAAAAGUAUUCGUAAGCAAAUGCAAGCGUGAUGAGAAGAAUCAGAAAUGGAAUUUUGGAUUUGUUAACACGACAGCACUUGACGAUUGGGAGAAUUCUGGUUCGAGAAUUAUUUAAUGACUGACAAUGACAACACAAGCAAUUGUAUCAUAAUUAAGCAGACACUUUCAUGUAUAGAAAUCAGAGCUUGGAAUCCUUAAAACAAAUAAAAAAUCUUCCAAUUUCAUUAAUUCCAAUCCCAAGCCCUGUAACGUUCACAUUCUAAACAGUAAAGAACAGGAAUUACAUUUACUUAUCUUAAGCCGAUGUUGCAAUGUUUUGUUAAUAUAGAAACGUAGAAUUGUUAUUUUUGCUGUAAUUGGUAACGUAAAGUCGCUGAUUAAAAAUAAUUAAAAACAAACUAAAAUGAGCUGUUUGUAUGAAUAAUCAGGUUUCGCUACUUAAAUCUUAAGUAGCUUCACACACGCAUUAAAGCAAUUUUAAAUCAUGAGUGAACUUUUUCAGGGUCAUGACACGUAAAACUUUAUUAGACUUGCAUGU